AUGAACUCCUCAUCACAUAUUCUAGUCAUUGGAGCAGGCGAACUAGGGUUGCAAGUGCUUCGCGGUCUAGUUGCGCAUCCCCACCAUGUUCCUGGCACGGUGGCCGUCUUACUGCGCCCCGCCAGCAUCAACUCACCUUACCCCGCCAAACAGAAAGAAAUCCAGGUCUUACGUGACCUAGGUCUCGAACUGGUGGCGGGCGACAUCGUCGAAGACUCUGAACGGACCCUGGCUGCGCUGUUUGCGGACUUUGGCACGAUUAUUGGCUGCACCGGCUUCGUGUCAGGACAGGGUAUUCAGUUAAAAGUUGCUCGGGCCGUGUUGGCGGCAAAGGUGUCGCGGUUUAUCCCCUGGCAGUUUGGCGUGGACUAUGAUGCCAUUGGGCGUGGAUCGCCGCAAGAUCUGUUCGAUGAGCAACUGGAUGUUCGUGAUCUUCUCCGGUCGCAAAGGCAGACCCGCUGGACUAUCCUUUCGACGGGGAUGUUUACUAGCUUCUUAUUCGAGCCAUCGUUUGGCGUGGUUGACUUGGCGAACACAGUCGUGUGUGCACUGGGCAGUUUAGACAAUCAGGUCACCGUAACCACACCUGAAGAUAUUGGGAGAAUCACGGCCGAAAUCGUGUUGGGUGAAGAGACUGACGCGCUGUUUGCCGAUCGGCCGAUCUUCGUGGGAGGCGAUACGGUUAGCUACGAGGAUGUGGCUCGCAUUGUAGAGUCCCUGGUUCAGCAGCCAGUUAAGCGGGAUGUUAUCACUGUUGAGGAUGCAUUGGCUGCCCUCGCAAAGGACCCAGACAAUGGAUUACUUAAAUACCAAGCGGUUUUUGGUCAAGGAUGUGGCGUGGCGUGGGAUAUGGACAAGACGUGGAAUCGCCAGCGUGGAAUUCACCUCACAACAGCCAAAGAAUGGGCGACAGCCAAUUUACUGUGA